CUGCCGGUGCUCAGUUCCCGCCCCCGGUUCCCGCCACGCCCCUUUGCCGUAGCGCGGCGCCCGUCCGGCAGGGGGCGCUGCGGUGCAUGGGCGGAGCCCACCCGCGGUCCCGCUCCCGCGAGCCAGCGCCCUUCGGCGAGCGGAGCCGCGAGAGCCGCAAUGGACGACAUCUUCACGCAGUGCCGGGAGGGCAACGCGGUGGCCGUGCGCCUGUGGCUGGACAACACCGAGAAUGACCUGAACCAGGGGGAUGACCACGGCUUCAGCCCCCUGCACUGGGCCUGCCGCGAGGGCCGCGCCAAUGUAGUGGACAUGCUGAUCAUGCGUGGGGCGCGCAUCAACGUCAUGAACCGCGGCGAUGACACCCCCCUGCACCUGGCUGCGAGCCACGGACACCGCGACAUCGUGCAGAAGCUGAUCCAGUUCAAAGCAGACAUCAACGCUGUGAACGAGCACGGGAACACGCCGCUGCACUACGCCUGCUUCUGGGGCCAUGAUCCAGUGGCAGAGGACCUGGUGGGCAACGGGGCUUUGGUCAGCAUCGCCAACAAGUACGGUGAGACACCCAUGGACAAAGCCAAGCCAGCGCUGCGGGAGGUCUUGAGAGAGCGCGCCGAGAAGCUGGGGCAGAGCCUCACCAAGAUCCCCUACAAGGACACCUUUUGGAAGGGCACCACACGCACGCGCCCCAGGAACGGGACUCUCAACAAACUCGCUGGAAUCGACUUCAAGCAGCUCAUCCUGAGCCAGAAACUCAAUGAGAACCAGUCAGGGGAGCUGUGGAAGGGGCGCUGGCAGGGCAACGACAUCAUCAUCAAACUGCUCAAAAUUCGGGACUGGACAACUCGGAAGAGCCGGGACUUCAAUGAGGAAUACCCGAAGCUGCGGAUCUUCUCUCACCCCAACGUGUUACCGGUGCUGGGCGCCUGCCAGGCCCCCCCAGCACCACACCCCAUCAUCAUCAGCCACUGGAUGCCCUACGGGUCCCUCUACAAUGUCUUGCACGAGGGGACAAACUUUGUGGUGGAUCAGAUGCAGGCAGUGAAGUUUGCCUUUGACAUCGCGCGGGGCAUGGCCUUCCUGCACACGCUGGAGCCGCUCAUCCCGCGCCACCACCUCAACAGCCGCAGCAUCAUGAUCGACGAGGACAUGACGGCGCGGAUCAGCAUGGCCGAUGUCAAGUUCUCCUUCCAGUGCCCAGGCAGGAUGUAUGCACCCGCCUGGGUGGCACCUGAAGCCCUGCAGAAAAAGCCAGAAGAGAUCAACAGGCGCUCGGCAGACAUGUGGAGCUUUGCUGUGCUGCUGUGGGAGCUGGUGACGCGGGAGGUGCCCUUUGCAGACUUGUCCAACAUGGAGAUAGGCAUGAAGGUGGCCCUGGAGGGGCUGCGUCCCACCAUCCCUCCCGGCAUCUCCCCACACAUCUGCAAGCUGAUGAAGAUCUGCAUGAACGAGGACCCAGCCAAGCGCCCCAAGUUCGACAUGAUCGUGCCCAUCCUGGAGAAGAUGCAGGAGAAGUAGAGGGGAUGCCCCCCUGCGCUGCCACGCUUCCCCUACCACCCCCAAGUGCCUUCUCUAACCCAGUGCCGGGGGGAGCAGGGACCAUCCCCCUCCCGCACCAGCCACGGACACGGUACAGACACCACUGCCCUUGCUGGGGCCAUGCUGCCAGCUCCAGGCACUUGCAGCACCAAGCCCAGGGCAGCACCUCUGCCUUCCCCAGAGCUGUGGGCAGCCAGGUCAGGAGGCCUGGCCAUGGGCUCUGCUGCCCUGGGACUGGGCAGGGUGCUGGAGCUCUCCUCCCCAAGCAGUCAGGGGGCUCUGCCUGCUGCACACCCCGGCUUUGCGCUUCACUCCCUGGGUUUCCAUCCAGGGCAUGUGGAAAAGCCGCCAGCAUCCCAAAUAAAUGUUUGUUACGAA